AUGGAGAACUUUGAUGUGUCGGAUAUGAGCAACGCGCUCAAGGAGAGCACAGGAAACGAAUCCACGCUGCCUACCGAAGCUGCAAGCGCUGCUCGUGAAAAGGGGUGGACGACCCCCGAACGAUACGAUUACGAGAAGUACACUGCUACUGUCGCGCCACUGGGCCCUUCCCACAACAACGGCGAAGAGAGUCUUCCGGAGUGGGCUGCUCAGGCAGCAAAGUAUGAGUGGCGGGAUGACUACGGAGAUGUCGGUCCAGAGAACCCUGCGUUGGAAGAACAGCUGUACCGUGGCGAGUACAUCAACCGAACCGGGCUAAAGAUUGGCAAUCUCCAGAAUAUCGAGGUCAUCGCCGAAAGUCGGGAGAGACCGAGUCCUGUCAAGAGCUUUGACGAGGCUGGGCUGCACCCGAUUAUUCGGGAGAAUAUUCGUUUGUGCAAAUAUGAGGUUCCUACCCCUAUUCAAGCCUACACGAUUCCCGCGGUGCUUACCGGUCACGACUUGAUUGCCAUUUCCCAAACCGAGAAAGGAUCGGGAAAAACUGCCGCUUUUCUUAUUCCCGUUCUUUCUCAACUCAUGGGCAAGGCUAAAAAGCUAGCGGCGCCUCGUCCAAACGUCGCAGAUGGUUACGAUCGAACGAUUCACGCCGUGACGGCCGAGCCUUUGGUGCUAAUCGUCGCUCCUACCCGUGAGCUUUCGACCCAGAUUUUUGACGAAGCACGUCGGCUUUGUUACCGAUCCAUGCUACGCCCGUGCGUUGUUUACGGUGGUGCGUCCGUCCGUGAGCAGCAGGAGGAUUUGGAAAAGGGUUGCGAUAUUCUCAUUGCCACACCUGGCAGAUUGCUGGAUUUCAUGAACAAGGCUAAGCUCCUCUCGCUUCGGCGUGUGAAGUAUACCAUCAUUGAUGAAGCAGAUGAGCUACUGCUGUCGGAUUGGGAGCCGGAUUUUCGGAGAAUCAUGUCUGGCGGAGACGUCAACGAGGACGCGGAUCACCGUUACAUGAUGUUUUCAGCCACGUUUGACAAGGGUUGUCGUCAGAUGGCACGUCGAUUCCUUGCUGCCGACCAUGUGCGCGUGCGCAUCGGCCGGCCUGGUAGUACUCAUCUCAACGUCGACCAGAAUAUCAUCUAUGUUGACCCGGCUAUGAAGAACCAGUGCCUCUAUGAUCUGAUCAUAGCCAUGCCACCUUCACGGACCCUGGUUUUCGUCAAUUCAAAGUCCCAAGCUGAUUUUGUGGAUGAUUAUCUGUACAACAAUAAGCUUCCAAGUACCUCGAUCCAUUCUGACCGAAACCAAAUUGAGCGGGAGGAUGCCUUGCGUGCGUUUCGUACUGCCAGAUGUCCCAUUCUUGUCGCCACCGGUGUUUCUGCUCGGGGGCUGGAUAUUAAGAACGUCAUGCACGUGAUUAAUUACGAUCUCCCCCGAGCACAGCACGGUGGAAUAACUGAAUAUGUUCAUAGAAUCGGACGCACUGCACGCAUCGGUAAUGAAGGCCUUGCUACUUCGUUCUACAAUCAUGACCAUGAUUCCGAGCUUGCCCCGGACCUGGUGAAACUUCUUCUGGAAACCAACCAGAAAAUCCCCGAUUUUCUCGAUUCUUACAUCCCCGCGGAUCGCGUUGUCAAAUUUGAAGACGACACCGACGAGGAAAAUGAGGAGAAGGACAAUGAUGGAGAUGAUGCCGACGAUGCCUGGGGAGGGGCUUCGGAGUCUGAAGAUGCCCCGGCGGCAGAUUCUAAGUGGGAAUUCUAGUGUACCCAGCUUUCUGGCCAUGUCCGAUUCGUAGUCCGUCGUGAAUGCCGUCUAUAACCAAGCUUCUGAGGGCAUGCGGUUGACCGACUAUGAUGGGAAGGCCGGACUUGUGGGGGCGCUGACGCUUUCUCUUUUCUCUCUGUUGCGGUUCUACCAUGCUACGAUCAGACCGGUUCUGUGAUGCAAAAGUUUGACCCUGGGCACAAGCGUACGUUGCAGGCUGUUCCUCGCUUGGAAUCCUCGGAAAUCCGGCAGGGCUCGAGAAUAAUGUCAUGGGCUAUGUGAGGAAUUCAACCAACUGCGGGCUAUGUUGGGAGGCCGGGUGGGAGCGGGCAGGCGAUGUUAUUUUGUUGCUGUACGGGACACCCAUAACUAACAAAUGCUCAAUUCAAUCUUUUCU